GAAUCUUGUUUUAUCCCAAAAGCGGAAAAUAUUCAAAUAUGUCUCGUUUACAAGCAUGCAGAGUAUGCUUGACACAUCAUAGCCGUAUGUAUUCAAUAUUGAAUGGGCCACUUCAAGAGAUUUAUGAAAAUAUCACUGAUGUUCCGCUUGUAAUGGGUGACAUAUGGCCGACUUGCGUAUGUUACAUUUGCUACCAUAUGAUAAGAAAAUUCCACAAGUUUAUAGAUAAAUCAUUAAAGGCAAACGAGCUCCUGUUGCAACUCAUCAGUUCUGAGUCUGUGGCCACUGUAUACACUCUGAAUAUGAUUGUGAAGCAACAACCUGAUAUCCCUUGGGAGUUUUCCGCAUCGCCAACGGAGAGUAUUAUGCUUUUAGACCCAGAAGAGGUUAAGCUGGAGUCUACUUUCAAUAUUGAGAAAGUAAAGUCUGAAUCGGAAUUCGAGGAAUUGCAAGAUGAAAAUGAAACAGCAAAUAAACGGCCGAUGAUGAUUAACCUGAUCAAUGAACAGUACAAGGAAAUGCAAAUUGAUUCUCCAACAGCGUCAACAACAACCGAAGAAACCACAGAAACAGGAAACGAUGCCCAAAAUAUUGAUGUCAAGAUAAUUACACAAUACAAAAAUAACGACAGUCUCCGUAAACCAACAAUUUUUACAAAAAGUAGUGACGAUAAUAAUGCAGUAAAGAACAAACACAACAAAGUCAAAAAUCAUAAAGAAAAAUUGACAUGCGAUACCUGCAAAAACGUAUUUUUUUGUAAAAGAAAUUUAGAAAGUCAUAUAACUAAAUUUCAUUCUGAAAUAUCCGUCAUAGCUAACCAAAAUUGUACCAACACUAAAGAAAACUGUAAUGAAAAUGAUAAUAAAACCAAAUUGGAGAGCAUUAUUGGUUCUGUAACGCGGAGCAACCGUGGAAAUUCGAUAAAUAAACGCGAUAUUAACACCGAUAUAAAAGAAAAACCAUGUAAUUCUAGUUUCUGCGAUAAAAGAUUUACUACAAGUUUUAAUUUAUCCACACAUAAAAGAAUUUACAUGGGAAAGAAACCUUAUAAAUGUAACGUCUGUGCUAAAAGAUUUACUAAAAAUAGUCAUUUAGCCACACAUCAAAGAAUUCACACGGGAGAGAAACCUUAUAAAUGUAAUAUCUGCGAUAAAAGAUUUACUCAAACUGUAAGUUAGUCACACAUCAAAGAACUCACACGGGAGAGAAACCUUAUAAAUGUAACGUCUGUGAUAAAAGAUUUACUAAAAGUGGUGAUUUAUCCACACAUCAAAGAAUUCAUACGGGAGAGAAACCUUAUAAAUGUAACAUCUGUGAUAAAAGAUUUACUCUAAGUUGUACUUUAGCCACACAUCAAAGAACUCACACAGGAGAGAAACCUUAUAAAUGUAACAUCUGCGAUAAAAGAUUUACUCAGUCUAGGAAUUUAUCCAGACAUCAAAGAAUUCACACAGGUGAGAAACCUUAUAAAUGUAACAUAUGUGAUAAAAGAUUUACUAAAAGUAAUGAUUUGUCCAAACAUCAAAGAAUUCAUACGGGAGAGAAACCUUAUAAAUGCAAAGUCUGCGAUAAAAGAUUUACUGAAAGUGGUACUUUAUCCACACAUCAAAGAAUUCAUACGGGGGAGAAACCUUAUAAAUGUAACAUCUGUGAUAAAAGAUUUACUCUAAGUUGUACUUUAGCCACACAUCAAAGAACUCACACGGGAGAGAAACCUUAUAAAUGUAACAUCUGCGAUAAAAGAUUUACUCAGAGUGGUUGUUUAUCCAGUCAUCAAAGAAUUCCUACAGGGGUGAGAAACCUUAUAAAUGUAACGUCUGCGAUAAAAGAUUUACUGAAAAUAGUAAUUUAGCCACACAUCAAAGAACUCACACAGGAGAGAAACCUUAUAAAUGUAACGUCUGCGAUAAAAGAUUUACUCUAAACCGUAAUUUAGCCACACAUCAAAGAACUCACACAGGAGAGAAACCUUAUAAAUGUAACGUCUGCGAUAAAAGAUUUACUCUAAACAGUUAUUUAGCCACACAUCAAAGAACUCACACAGGAGAGAAACCUUAUAAAUGUAACAUCUGUAAUAAAAGAUUUACUGCAAGUGGCGAUUUGUCCAAACAUCAAAGAAUACACACAGGAGAGAAACCUUAUAAAUGUAACGUCUGCGAUAAAAGAUUUACUCUAAAUAGUAAAUUAUCCUCACAUCAAAGAAUUCAUACAGGAGAGAAAUCUUAUAAAUGUAACGUCUGUGA